CAGCAGGUAACCAGCAGAAUGGCGGCUGGCGAUGUGAGUGGACAUAGCUACCUGGUGGCUUGCUGGCAGCCAAUCCUGAUCUUGAUGCUAGGAACAGUGCUGUCGGGCUCAGCCACAGGGUGUCCAUCCCGCUGUGAGUGUAAUGCCCAGGAGCGUUCUGUUGUUUGUCACCGCCGGAAACUGGUCGCCCUCCCUGAGGGAAUCCCUAUUGAGACUCGUCUGUUGGACCUGAGUAAGAACCGCCUAAAAGCCAUCAACCCUGAGGAAUUCCUCAGCUACCCACACCUGGAGGAACUGCAGCUCAAUGAGAACAUCAUAUCUGUGAUCGAGCCAGGGGCCUUCAGUAAUCUUUUUGGGUUACGGACGUUGGGGUUACGCAACAACAAACUGAAGCUCAUUCAGUUAGGUGUUUUCACAGGUCUUAGUAACCUCACACGGUUAGACAUUAGUGAGAACAAAAUCGUCAUCUUGUUGGACUACAUGUUUCAGGACCUUUAUAAUCUCAAGGAACUGGAAGUUGGAGAUAAUGACUUAGUUUUUAUCUCUCACAGAGCCUUUCAUGGUCUCAACAGCUUGGAACAGCUCACGAUGGAGAGGUGUAACCUGACCUCUGUACCUACAGAGGCCUUCAGCCACCUUCACAACCUGCUGAUGCUCAAAUUACGUCAUCUCAGCAUUAACAUCAUACGAGACUUCUCCUUUAGGAGACUGUAUCGUCUCAAAGUGCUGGAGAUAGCAAAUUGGCCCCUACUUGACACGCUGACCCCUAAAUCCCUCCACGGGCUCAAUCUUACAACCUUGAGUAUCACAAACUGUAAUCUCACCGCUGUUCCUUAUGUGGCUAUCCGACAUCUUGUAUACCUUCGCAUUCUCAACUUGUCCUUUAAUCCCAUUGAAAUUGUGGAAGGGAAUCAAUUGCACAGUUUGCAAAGACUAACCUCUUUUCAUUUGGUAGGAGGUAGACUAGCCACUAUCGAACCUUAUUCCUUCAGAGGGUUAAACUAUCUUAGGGUUCUUAACGUGUCCAGCAAUAUGUUAAGCACUUUAGAGGAAUCGGCCUUUCAUUCAGUCGGUAACCUGGAAACCCUGGUACUACACGACAACCCUUUGGCCUGUGACUGUCGCCUGCUGUGGGUCUUCCGCCGUCGCUGGAGGCUCAAUUUCAACCGGCAGCAGCCAUCUUGCACCUCACCAGAAUUUGUCCAAGGGAAAGAGUUUAAAGACUUCCCAGACAUACUGCCUGCCAAUUACUUCACCUGCCAGAAGUCCAAGAUCAGGGACCAUAAAGCCCUGCAGACAUUUGUGGAUGAAGGGACCACUGUUCACUUUGCAUGCAAAGCAGAUGGGGACCCUCCCCCUGUGAUAAUGUGGCUAUCCCCAAGGAAGCAAUUCAUCACCACCAAAAGCAUUGGGCGUGUCUCAGUGUCUCCUGAUGGCACCUUAGAGGUAAGGUAUGCCCAGAUCCAAGAUAAUGGCACAUACACAUGUAUAGCCAGUAAUGCUGGGGGAAAUGAUACAAGGCUUGCCCACUUACAUGUCCACAGCUAUUCCCCCAACUGGCCCCAUCAGCCCAAUAAAACAUUUGCCUUCAUUUCCAACCAACCCAACGAUAAUGGUGCCAACGGGACUCGAAGUAGUGUUCCUUUCCCAUUUGAUAUGAAGACUCUUAUUAUUGCCACCACAAUGGGUUUCAUCUCUUUCCUAGGAGUGGUCUUAUUCUGUCUGGUGCUGCUUUUUCUUUGGAGCAGAGGCAAAGGCAAUGCAAAGCCAAACAUUGAAAUUGAAUACGUGCCACGGAAAACAGAUGACGAGGCUAGUCCAACAGAGGGACCGCAUAAGAUCAGUAUGAAAAUGAUGUAA